AUGGCCGGCAAGGGCAAAAAAAAGAAAGGAGCAAAGGAUACGUCCGGUGGGGGCAGUGCGGGUGGUAGCGGUGGGGCCGCCGGUGGGUCGAGCACACCGGCCAAGGAUAAGCCGGAGGCAGAGGAGGGCGACGAGGAGGACGGUGAGGCAAAACCGAAAAAGGGCAAAGGCAAGAAGGGGAAGGGCAAGGGUGGCAAGUCGUCCAAGUUCCAGGGUGACAUCUUUAACGAGGCGGCCAUGGAGAACGCGUACUACAUCUGUCACAACAUCCAGGACGUGCUAAAGUCGCGCGGAUUCGCCUGGCCGGAGGGCCAAAAGAAGAAAAAGAAGGGCAAAAAGUAA